AUGACGGAACGCAUUAUGAAACGUAUCCCGGUGGAAGGUCAAGCAGGGGGCGCAGGUGGGCAAUCUACGUGGGACGGCUUCUUACGGGCGGAAGAAAAUUGGAAGCGUAUGCGAACAUUUGACCCGAAAACCUCUGAAAAGGUACAUAUACCUGAUUUCGUCAUCGAAGAUGGCGCGUCCGGGAAUCCGGCCGCGUGGACGAAGCUUAUGCAACAACAAAAUAAAGAACUUGACUACGAUAUUGUUGUAUGUGGUGGGACGUUGGGUAUUUUCUUUGCAACAGCAUUACAAUUGCAGGGAUUUAGCGUGUGUGUGGUCGAAGCCGGCAAACUGCGUGGCCGUGAACAGGAAUGGAAUCUCAGUAUGGACGAAUUGCUAGAGCUGGUAGAGUUGGGUGUAUUGAGUGAAGACGACAUCGAUACUGCUUUGAAAACUGACUUUCCAGCAUGUCGGUCAGGCUUCAAGAAUCGCGAGGAAAACGGCCUCGAAGGCGGAUAUUUUGACAAUGGUGUCGGAUUCGAGACAGCAACGGAUAAUGUUCUAAACCUAGGCAUUUCACCUGCGGUUUUGCUGGAUCUUGUGAAAGAAAAAUUCAAGGCGAUCGACGGUGUAAUCAAGGAAGAAAGUCCGCUUAGGGCAGUUCAUAUUUCGGAGACUGUUGGGGCUGCUCUAGAUUUUGGCUCAGAUAAGGCACCUAUUACAGGACGAUUGGUGCUUGAUUGCAUGGGGAACGCAUCGCCCAUAUCACGACAGCAACGACAAGGAGUGAAGCCCGAUGGGGUUUGUGCUGUUGUUGGUUCAUGUGCUGCCGGAUUUGACAAGGAAACCAAUCUGAUUGGUGACAUCAUCUAUACGAACUCAGAAAUGGAAGACAAGGGAGACAAUGGCAUGUACCAAUACUUUUGGGAAGCAUUUCCUGUUGGCAUUGGCAAGAAUGGCCAAGCUCCUGGCAGCAGUGACGUGAAGACAACGUACCUCUUUACAUAUAUGGACGCACACGAGAAACGGAUCUCGUUGGGUACGCUCAUGGACGACUAUUGGAGACUACUCCCUAAAUACCAGCCUUCGAUUCAAAAUCCCGAGACAGACCUCGAUUUUCGGCGGGUUUUGUUUGCGUACUUCCCAACGUACAGAGAUUCU